AAUAAAUAAAUAACAUUUUUUUUUAUUUUUCGAAUAAAAUAAACAAACAAAUUACGACAGGCUGUGAGUAUACAUUUUUAUUUAUAUUUUUUUGUAGACAUUACAAUCGUUCUAAGCAUAAAUAAUGUAAUGUUGUUGAGUAUUUGUUUUGUUUUUAUUAAUAACUUUUUUUUUUUUAAAUUGCAAUUUCGUUGUUUGUGACCAAUUGUCCCAAUCCCAAAUUGCCGAAAAUCCCUCUUUAUAAAUUAUUAAACCCAUCUUCUCUCUGUUUCUCACUUUCGUUCAUUCAUUCAUUCAUUCAUUCACACACACACACACACAACAGCAACAGCAAAAGAAAAGAUGGGAGCUUGUGCCACAAAGCCAAAGGAUCUGAAGGCGGAGUCCGGCGACGCUCCGGAGGAGUUGCCGGCCGAAACUAAACCGGAUCAUGUCGGUGAUGAAAAGGCGAAGGAGAUCGUCGUUGAUGAUGACAAGGUGGAUUCUAAGCCUCCUUCUCUUACUGAUUUGUUCAUUCAUCAGAAGGAAGGUAAUAAGGAGAAGACUGAAGAUGCAGAUCCACCGGAGAAGCAAGAGACCAACCCACCGGAAACUGAAAAGCAAAUAAACCCACUACCGGAGGAGAAGCCGUCUGAAAACAACCCACCGGAGCCAGUAGUUUCGGACUCUGUUACAGAAAACAAAACUGUAACAGAAAUGGAAACCCCAGAUGAGGCAAUCAAAGUGGAAGUUACCAUUGAAAAUGAUGUUCCUCCGGAGAAGACAGAGUCAGCGGAGAAACCAACUGAAACAGAGAAGGAAGUGAAGGUAACUAAUUAGCAAUUGAUCAAUAAAUUAUUUUCGAAACGAAAAUCCCUUCAUUAGUUAAUUACCAACUGAGGAACCAUUAUCCAAAAAUUGUUUCAUUUUCGUCUUCUUUUUUCCUUUUAGUUGUUAUGACUUAUGGGGAAAAAUGCAUACCUUCAUCUUUACUUCUCUCUUAACUACUUUUUGUUCUUCUUUA